GGGGCCAAAAUUUUUGUAUUCUGGGGGAAGCGCCAAUGGCUUCAGGGAACUGCAUUAGCAAGUACUUUGUUAAGAUAAAUCUCGACCACAAAUUUGCCAAUCCGCGAUUGUUCAUGUCAGCUGCGUUUUCCGAGUAACCCAUUACGGAAUCGUACACACGUAUCUAUUCCCCCACGGAAGCGCAAGUCAGACACCGCAAACAUGUCAGGCGAAGAAAGGAGCAUGCCGUUCAUAAAGAACUUGGCGUCAAGUGAUCGCAAGACCAGAGAGAAGGCCCUCGGGACCCUGCGCACCUUCCUGACCGCCUCGACGACCUCGCGCUCCCUCUCGAAGCUCGACAACCUCAAGCUCUGGAAGGGCCUGUUCUACUCCCUGUACAUGCAGGACCGGCCGAUCCCGCAGCAGAACCUCUGCGCCGACCUGGCGGGCCUGCUCGACGCCCUGCCCGACGAGGCCGUGAUACCCUGGCUGGUCGGGUUCUGGGACGUCAUGAGUCGUGAGUGGACCGGCAUCGACGUGCUGCGCAUGGAGAAGUUCCUCCUGCUGGUGAGGCGGGUGCUCGGCAAGAGUCUUUUGUGGGUCAGGGAGGGCAAGGGCAAGAAGGGCGAGAAGAGGAAAGAUGACCUGCUGGCCAUGUUCGUGGACUGGCCGCUCGAGACCACCGGCGAUCUGAGGAGGGUGCCCGUCGGCUUGAGACUACAUGUCCUGGAUAUCUGGGUGGACGAGGCCGAGAAGGCAGGACUUAUCGGAGACGAGGCCACCGAGAAGGACGUCGUGUUUUUGACCGACUUCAAGGAAAUCCUGGACGAGAUGAUCAAGAAUACUGUGGAGCCGGUCAAGCCCAAGGCCAAGGAAAGUCGACUGGAUGAGAGACUACCUUGGAAUCAAGAGACCGAGGGAGAGAGCGACGAGGAGGAGGACGACGAGAUGACUGAUGCUGGUGGCGAGCAAGAUGACGAAUUUGGCGGCUUUGACGAUUGAGUAAUCUCAUCCAUGUAUGAUUUGAAGCACCAUUUGCGUUGGGUGGAGUUCAGGCGUUCCGGCUCAGGUCACAGGUCUAGAUAUCCAUAGCAUGGUAAAACAAGCAUUUUGGUUUCCUGAUAA